AUGAGCGAUAAACUGGUUUUUUCUAAAAUUAAUGACACUGAGAAAGAAAAUAUUGAGGGGGAUACUGAGCAAGCAACUUUUCUCCCAGAGAGCUUAAACCAAACGCUUGAUAACAAUACCUUUAAUAUGAGUUUUGUGAGUUGUAAUCCUCAAGAAAUUGAUAAAAUGGACACUGCUUCCAACCUUAACAUAAACAAUUGUGAUAAUUUAAGUGAUAAUAAUAUAAGUAAACCAUGUGAUAGUCAAAGUAUAUUGAAAAAAGUCAUAAUGCCCAAGAUAAUCAAGAAGAGGGGUCGUCCAAGGGGGGCUGAUUUAACUGUUAUUGGUUUAUCAAAAAAGAAAAGGUCAAAUUUAAAACCAAUUGAAUAUAUAAAAAGAAAUACCAAAGAAAAGGAGGAAAUACUAUUAAAUUUGAUAUUAAAUGAAAAUGCCAAAUAUAAUAAAUUAGUGUUUGUCCACAAUGAUAAACACAAAUAUUUAUUUGACGAAAAUGACAUUGUUACUACUUUGCCACACCCCUUAUAUGAUGAAAUUGUAGAUAUAGCCCUAAUUGCGUCCUAUUUUGAUGAGAAAACUUUAAAGAAAAUCCAUAAUAUCUUAAACUCCAAUGAGCCCAUAUGGCUGUGCAAUAUUUGCGAUAGUUUAAUUGAAACAAAAGAACAAUGCAUCAGAUAUCUAACGCAAUCUGAAGCUCGCAAAAUUCGCUCAAAACAAGGACUUUCUUGGACCUGCGAAAGCUGCAAUGCCAUUGGUAAUGAUAUAAAUAGUUUAAAAGCAGUAAUAAUUAGUCUUAAGGAUGAUCUACUUGAACUAAAAUCUAAGAACACUAUGGAUAAAUUUUCUUUUGAAGAUGUAAUUUAUGAAAUUCAUGAAAGGGAGAAAAGAAAAUCAAAUAUUGUGAUAUUUAAUGUGGCUGAAAGCCAAUCAGUUACCACUGCUAAUAAAAUUAAGGAUGAUAAAGCUACUACUGAGAAUAUUUUGACUAAUCUUUCUAUUAAUAUUAAUAUUGGCGACUGUAACAGACACAAAAAGUUGUCUUCAACUUUGAAAUCCACUGCAGUUCUUACAACAAGAGCCAUGUGUUUAGUGGUAGACCGAUCUGUACUCUCAUCAGCUAUCAAUGAGAAUUUUUUUUUGCAAUAG